AUGGGGACCCACAAGGUCUUGUGGUCCUCAUUAGGACUUAUAUUAUUUACGUCCACUCUAGUUUUAGCCUGUGAUGAGAAAGGAUUAUGUUUGUUGGAGGCGUUGAAGGAAAUGAAAGAAUGCAAGAAAACAGUACUCUCUUCACUGCUGAAACCAUUACUCAUCAAGAAAGAAGAGAAACUCGAGUUACCAUGUGGGAAACUUCUGCCACCGAUCCCACCGCUGCCACCACUGCUGCCCCCAGCGUCCACUCUCGUACUGAUGCCGGCUGGCGCACCCCCACCGCCUCCAGCCUUACCACCUUUACUACUACCAGCGCCGGCGCCAGCACCGUGUCCUUUACCAGUGCCUCCACCAUCUCCACUAUUCCUUCCCCCACCACCUCCGCAACCAUUGUUCUUACCUGCCCCGCCACCACAACCCUUAUUCCUACCCGCUCCACCUCCGCAACCAUUAUUCCUCCCCGCUCCACCUCCACAGCCACUAUUCCUCCCAGCGCCCCCGCCACCACAAUUAAUGCUCCCACCACCACCCCCACCAGUAUUUCUUCCACCACUACUACCAGCUCCAGCCCCCGCACCAGUAUACUUACCACCACCGCCCCCACCUUUAGUCCUCCCAGCACCUCCUCCACCCCCUGUCUACCUUCCACCAGCCCCCGCGCCGCCUCCACCAGCUCCCAUUGUGAUAUCUCUAGUUCCUCCCUCGCCGCCACCGGCGCCGCUAUACGAGUCCUGCUACGGCCACCCUCCCCUGCCCCCACCCGCAGGUAUACCAAUGACAGCAUACAUGGUACCCCCACCAGUUCCCUGUGCUAUAGAACCUAAACCUUUACUGGAGCUACCCCCUCCAAAACCGUCAUGUGGUUGCGGGGCCCCUCCACCCGCAUAUCCAUAUUAUUAG